GGUGAGAUGAGUGACGACGAUGAAGGCAAGCAAUCGAUCAGUACAAAUUGGCGAAGUCGAGAGACCAGGGCCGUUUCGUCAUGGGCAUGCACAGCACGACACCGUGCUCGUCUUGUUUAAGAGAUGCUGGAGCGUGAAGCCCUGCUUGCCCGCCUGCCAGUGCCCCGGGACGGGCACCACGUACUUACGUUCCCUCUCUUGUUGUCGCCCGUUACUCCUCGUCCGGCCUGAGGCAUAUGCUAUAUAUGCUCCCUCCGCCGCCUCGUCUUCUCCUCCCUUCUUCUUCUGCAAUCACCGUCGCAUCUCCAUAGUUGAAGAUCCAAGUACAAGUGAACAUUUUUCUUCGCAGAAAGCAAAAGGAACAGAAAGGUCAGAAUUGCCGCCUCCGCGUCCGAAGACCACAAGAAACCAGCGACAAUUGCAAGGACUCGACUGCGGACGCCUGGUCCGGCACGGAGCCACACUUGGCAUUUCCAGGUGCUGUGCCGGACUUCGAUCAGAAGGGAGGACAAAUACUAGAGGGCUGAUAACAUUCCACUGUAAGUCUGCCACAACACGGGAGAAAAGGAGAUCAAACAUGUGGAUGACAAAGAAGCUCGCCAUCACGUUCCUGAUUGCCCUCUUCUCUCUGCUGAUUGUGCGACGUCUGAUAGUGAACGGCCCAGCUUCAGGGAUAUCUCAGUAUCAAAUCCUCCGUGCCAAUCCCCUUGUAUGGUUCAACGGACCGGUGGAAGCACAAGAAAAUACUCCAGAAGUAGCGGUAGCAGCAACAGCAGAUUCUUCAACUUCAAACAGCUCUGGUUCUGGAAAUUUCUCUCCUGAAGAAUUUCAGUGGCUAAAUACAUGGAAUCAACUGAAGCACUUAGCCAACAUCUCCAAUGGCCUUCCUCAUGCAAGCGAGGCCAUCAGCGAUGCAAAAACUGCAUGGGAAAACUUGACAACAUCAGUUCAAAAUGCAAGUUCUCAGCAGAGACAAAAAGAGAGGCUCUGUCCAUAUUCGAUUCACAGAAUGAACGCUUCCAAGUCGGAGACUGAAGCUUUUACUAUGGACAUACCUUGUGGGCUGAUUGUAGGUUCUUCAAUUACUCUUAUAGGCACUGCAGGAAGCCUCUCUGGAAACUUUUGGAUUGAUCUUGUCGGGACAGCACUUCCAGGGGAAUCCGAAAAGCCCGUUGUACUGCACUACAAUGUCCGCCUAACUGGCGACAAAAUUACUCAAGAUCCAGUCAUAGUGCAGAAUACCUUUACAGGAAGCAAUGGCUGGGGUUUGGAGGAUCGCUGUCCCUGCACUAACUCUAACAAUGCAACCAAAGUGGGCAAUUUGGAGAGAUGUAAUGCAAUGGUUGGAAGAGAAGAAAAGAACAUAAUGAACUCAAAACAUCAUCCAGCUGCCAAGAAACAUGGCGAACCAAGCACAUAUUUUCCAUUUAAACAGGGAUACCUUGCUAUUGCAACGCUGCGUGUCGGAUUGGAGAGGAUCCAUAUGACAGUUGAUGGAAAACACAUUACUUCGUUUGCUUAUAGAGUGGGUUUGGAACCUUGGUUUGUUAAUGAAAUAAGAACUUCCGGUGAUUUCAAGCUAGUAAGUGCGAUUGCCAGUGGCUUGCCCACGUCAGAAGACUUGGAGAACUCUAAUCUUGAAAUGCUGAAGUCAUCACCUAUUCCAGACGGUAAAGAUGUCGACCUUCUGAUUGGCAUCUUUUCAACAGCAAACAACUUCAAGCGUAGGAUGGUAAUUCGAAGGACAUGGAUGCAAUAUGAUGCUGUGCGCCAAGGAGUAGUAGCAGUGCGGUUUUUUGUUGGCCUGCAUACAAACCUCAUGGUGAACAAGGAACUCUGGAAUGAGGCUCACACAUAUGGUGACAUCGAGGUGUUGCCCUUUGUUGAUUACUACAGCCUGAUAACAUGGAAGACACUAGCAAUAUGCAUCUACGGAACCAGUGCUGUAUCAGCUAAGUAUCUGAUGAAAACAGAUGAUGAUGCUUUUGUCCGUGUGGAUGAGAUCCAAUCCUCGGUAAAACAGCUUAAUAUCAGCCAUGGGCUGCUUUAUGGUCGCAUAAAUUCCGACUCAGGUCCCCACAGAAAUCCAGAAAGCAAAUGGUACAUAAGCCAAGAGGAAUGGCCUGAAGAGAAAUACCCACCAUGGGCUCAUGGACCAGGAUAUGUGGUCUCACAAGACAUUGCAAAGGCAAUCAACACUUGGUAUAAAACAAGUAAUUUAAAGAUGUUCAAACUAGAAGAUGUAGCGAUGGGCAUUUGGGUCAAUGAUAUGAAGAAGGGUGGAUUACCAAUAAAGUAUGAAUCAGACGAGAGAAUUGACACUGAUGGCUGCAAGGAUGGGUACAUUGUUGCUCACUACCAAGAACCAAGGCAAAUGUUAUGCAUGUGGGAGAAGCUCCUAAGGACAAAUCAAGCAGCAUGCUGCAAUAAUAACUAAUUGACAAGGAACUUCGAUACUUCGAGCAUGGCCUUUUUUUGGCUCAUCAGGCCAGUAACUAAUUUGUAAAGUGCAUGCAAAAAGAGAGGGAGAGGGGGUCAUACCGGCCAGAAUUUUGUGACACGCUAUGGACAAAGAAGGCUAACAUAUUUCUCAUUUUCUAGUGUCCAAUACUAUUGUAAUUAUGAAUGAAUUUACAAGAAUGCAGUUCAUCACUUCA